AUGUCUCUGGAUAAGCCGCGCUAUAUUCCAACCCCAACUUCAUUGCAGGAAUAUGCCUCAUUCAUACACCCAGGUCACCCAGAGGUUCGUGUUCAACAGGCGUUGACUCACAUCAUCAGUGCCAACCCCCCUCUUGGAGUUUACACGCAAGACCAAUGUAGAGGCUUUUUUCGCGGUCCGACCUCUCUGGCGUAUCUACUUCUCAGAAUCCAUGCAACGUAUCCCGAGAUCAAAAUUCAAGGCCAGUCGCUCCGGCAGUGGGCAACUUCUUAUGCGGCUGUCGAGCGUGAGGGAGGGGAUUCGGCCCCUUGCGGCCUCGCGUGCGAGAGCGCUGCCUUUUGGGCGGUGGCCACAAUUUUGGAUGCAACAAAGGCGCCAAAGUUUCGAGAAGUGCUAGAAAGGCUUGCAGACGAAGAUGAUCACCCAUACGAGCUCCUGUUUGGCUAUGCCGGAAUCUUGUACAUGAUUCGUGCUGUUGAGUUCUCGGUACGUGUCGAUGUGCCCUUCCUUCAGGCUAGAAAUGGAAUUGACAAUCAGGUGUACCAGAGACCGGAGACAGCGAGUCAGUUCGCCAUCGUCAAAUCCCGGAUCGUUGAGAAGACACUUGGCGCAGGGCCUUUGUGGACGUGGCGCGGGAAGCGCUACAUCGGUGCCGUUCACGGUGAUAUCGGCAUCUUGACUCAACUCCUACUGACGGACCCGAAACUAGCGGAGAACCCCAUGAUCCGCCGCUCAAUAGAACGUCAGCUCGAGAUACAGCGAGAGAAUGGCAAUUGGGAGACGAAAGACGACCCAGGCAAUACGAUCUACGAGGGUCUCACUCAGUUUUGCCACGGGGCGCCAGGUUUUAUUCUCUCGCUGGUGCACAUUGAGCGUUUCUUCCCAGACUUGAAGGAGAAAAUCGGAAAAGCUCUCAAAAGUGGAAGGGAGUUCAUCUGGAAAGAAGGGCUGCUACGCAAAGAGCCAUGCUUGUGUCACGGAACAUUGGGGAAUUCUCUUGCUUUCCCGCCAGGUCAACGACGGGACCACUUCCUCGCUUGGUCGCUGCCGUCCAAAGUUGCCGAGGAGCACAAGCGGGAUGAGACGCUGUUCCCGCCUGAAGACGGGGCGCGGUUGGCGACAUUUUUCGACUACUGGCCCAGUGCAGCUUGGACGUGGAUGGUUUGCGGGGAAGAGGUUCCCGGAUUCAUUCUCUACACCGAUGUGUAA